AUUAAAAAUUGUAACUCGUUGCGGUUAUUUGCAAAAAGUUACAAAAAUAAAUACAAAAGAUAGGUGUUUGGAGAUUUUUGUGUUUGUUGCUACCCGACCUUUCACAAUUAUUUCAAAUCUGGAUGAGAUUACAAUGAUCGCUGCCUCUGAACCACUGGAGUUUGUGCCACAUGGUAGAACAGUGCUGGCAUCCCACCCGUCACAGAUCUACAGUAAAGGCCACAACACAUCGGCUUCGGAGAACUCUCUGCUGUACAAGUUGACGAACUUCGCCAUCAAAGAUGAAAGUCUACUGGAGGCUAAAGAUGCAGAGGAGAAAGAGUGGUGGUGCGUGCGAGAAGUGUAUUAUAGAGGCAGCGAUGAUUUUGAAGAUGACUCACAUCAAUCACCCAAAGAUACGAAAAGCGAAUACAUGUCAGAAUCUUUCCGACCACAGAGUCGGAUUAAGAACGACUUUAACAUCUCUAUCAAAUCUGAACUAAUGAGUGGAGUCAAGAAAAUGGAAACAGAUUGCGCUGGAUCCGGUGGUUCGAGAGGUGGCAGUGCAAACAGUUCCAGUAAUCUGUCAAAGAAGUUCCAUUUAAAUAGCGGACAAAAUAAGCAGACAAGCAAAAAACCGUUGAAUCCAAAAACUGAUGCGGUGUACGAAGAAGAACUGUAUGUGAAAGGAUGCACUGCUGUUUGGUCUAAAGGACUAAUCUCAACACCAGCCACAAAACUCUCAGCACCGGAGCACAGAGAGACAAUCUCCUGUUACACCAUAGAGAAUCCCAUAAAACACGCAGCAUUCGCCAACUUCCACGUCUCAAUCAACAACACUAUGCUAAUUGACGCACUGAACUCACAAAUUGGAGACGUGAAACAAAACAUCAAGAUUGAAGACACCACAGAGCAUUUGGAAACCAAAAUAAUGCCCUCCAUUCUACUUGUUGACAGUAAAUGCAUGAGAGUUUUCGCUACAGACGGACGGGAGUAUAUAACCAGCAUACCGUUCCAAGUUAAAAAGGUUUGGCCGAUGAAAUACGGAGUCUUAUUGGAGAAAGAUGCGACACCAUUGCUGCACAACUCGUUUCUCCCCACGUCUUUCAUGAAGCUAAAUGAAUCGCAUAAUAACAGCACAUUUUCAAGGUCCAAGAACUAUCCUUUUAACAUGAGCGCGAAGUUGCGAGCAGAGUCAGUCUCAGGCUACGAUCAAGAUGUGCCAUUGCCUACUUGUUUCUCACUCUCUCAUCCGUUAGACGAAGUGACUCCUAUAUUGAUGAAGUCACCAGCACAAGGUCUACAAUAUUACAACGAUGGAGACAUACAGAUUAUAUACGUUAGCACUGAUCCGAGCAUAAUUCUGCUCUAUGACUGGAAGUUAGGGUCGCAUUCUCUGUGGAAGAUACGUAAAGCUCUCAGAGACGAAUGCUUAGCUGUUUGUCCGAAUAUGAAUUCGACAACGGCAGUGUUUAGCCAGUCGUGUGAUUUUAUAGGCAGUCCGAUGCACAGUAAUGUUGGGAAGAACACGACAAACUGGGUGACGGGAGUUAGCAGUCCGUUUCAGUCGAAGAAGUUGGGAACUCCAACGUUUUCGCGGUCAAGACAAAACAGUCCGAUGGCCAAUGCGUUUCACCAACAAGGGAUGUCGCCUCACGCGUCCAUAGGUCAAGCGUCUUCAACUUCUAUGCUGGCGAAUACAAUGGUCCAGAACCCGCCAUCUUUACCCUUGUAUCCUGACAUAUGCUUGGACCAUAUUUGGACUGAUAAUCAAACGAUAAGAAGGGAUCCUAUCGAAACCUCGAAUGAUACAAAGACGUUCUUACACACAGACUUGGUGGGGCAUGAUUACCUAUGCUUCAUGGUGAAAGUGAGUGGCGUGAGCAGACUACAGAUAUUGAGGUUGCAGAAGUCUCACUCCCAUGGGCAUUCGUCAAAGACCAACCUGAUGGUGGGGUCAAUAUCUAUGGUGCUAGCGAAGGACGCCGUGGUGCUCGACCAUUUGAAAAUGAUCGCUCUGAUUGACGAGUCUGGGAAUAUUAUUCUGCAGUCUGGAAACAGCGUUGUGGGCAAAGUGCACGUGGGCGGAGUCCUAGCCCGGCUCAUCGACUCCCCGUACGCGGCGGGUUCUCUGCAGUCCCCCUUCCCGCGCCGCAGCAGCCUGCUGCCCGCCCGCCUCGACGCCGCCUUCGACGACUCCGCGCUACACCUACUCUCGCCAGUACCGCACCCGUCUAAGCCGCGACAUAAAGACACUCUCGGUCUUCGCGCGCUCUGCGACGCGGCGGGGUCGCGCAUGACCCUCGUGUUUGAAGGUGGCACCAUGUACCGGAUAGCUCUGCCGCGCGUCUCCGGGGGCGACCUCGUGUCCAGAUGCUGCACUGCACUCAAAGCGGUGUUACCCAAGGAUAUUGCUAUGCAGGUGAUAAUAAAAUGGUACGGUGUGCGCAACGCUCCGGGCACUCAGGACUUGACUCUGGAGCAAGAGUGGAGCAUGUUCUCAUCUCUCCUCUACUCGCUGUUGGGCUACGACGUGGAGCGGCUGGCUCAACCCAAACAGCCAGAUGACCAGGUGGAGCACGUAGAAGUGGCCACAAAGAAGCAAAGGACGUCCAGCGAUGGGACUCAAGAAGAUUGGGAAUACAUGCUAAAUUCCAAACUGCACAAAAGCAUAGGGAAUUCCUUAGCCAACAUACUCAAUCUGAGCCCGCUUUCCAUACCAGAUAGACGACCAAGAACUGCCAAAGCAAACGUCGAAACUCCCCAGGUUCAAUUCAACUGCAACACUUUGCUAUUCCCUUACAUAAUCAACGUUCUGUACUCUUUCCACUUGGUUUACGAGGAAAUAAAACUGAACACGCUUCUAAGCAAUAAUUUGAGACCGUUAUCUUCGUUUUUGUACCAGAUUUCGAAGGAUUUGAAAUUAAAUGCGUAUGUGAACCAUUACUGGUUGGAUUCUCCGACGGAUUUAGACUUGGAUUACGAUGAGGAUGAUUCGCAAAUGUCUCCAGCUGUGUUGAAGAGGUUGUCGGAGCCGAACUAUUUCAGUGCGGAGCCGCCGAAUAUAUUCGCGUAUAUAAAUGCGAUGUUGAACGACGUCGACACUGGAUACUAUCCGUAUUUGAGCGAAGUGAAUACCAUGUCCAAGGAUAUUAUUGAAAUCCUGUCAAUAGUGGGGUGCGGUCGUUGCGCAGGAGUGGCGACGGUGGCGGGCCGCGACACCAUGGCCGCGUCCACGCCGCGCCCGCACCGGGACCACACCCGGCACGCCACGCCCUACCACCAGGCGCUGUACACUGCCAGCGAGAGAGGCAUGACUCCGCGUGACAUAGCCGCUCUGCCACCAGCUAUAAGCUUACUGCUGCUAUCCAUAUUCUCGUGUUGUAAGAGCGAGCCCCCGCCAGACUGGGGGGCGGAGGCCUACACGCUGGCCAUGAGGGAGGACCUCGCUCUGCAGGCACACAUCGCCGCUACACUCACAAACACUACCCACUAUUUGGAGAGUCUAGCCCUAGAAGUCCUUGAGAAGGAGACAGCGUUCUCCCAGACCGGCCAGGUCAAUGAACCGCUGCAGAGCAAGAAGGAGGAGAGUGAGAACAUUACCGGCAUGGAGCAUCUCAACACCAAACUACUCGGGCUACUGUAUCCUAGAGAUCGCAGAAUGUCAGAAGUGACGAACCUCCUCCAGUCUUCGAUCCCUGUGACGAUAAACCUGACGCAGCGGCCUGAAGUCUCCGACCACGACUUCAUCGAAGAGCAGGAGAAGCAUCUUCAGGCGCUGUCUACGAGGACCAUGGCGCUGCCAGUUGCAAGAGGCAUGUUAACCCUGCGAAGCUUGCCCUGCGCCCCCACCGAGCCCCUAACCCUCCCCCCGCUGUGCGUGUCUGGGAGAGGCCCGCCGCCCCGCUGCAACAGCAUCGCACUUUCCUCGGAGACUUCAGCCACGCAGCUGGUAUGGCCGACCUUCCACAACGGCGUCGCUGCAGGCCUAGCGCUCGUGCCAUGCUCAGGAUCCAGCAUACACUCCAGCUGGGUGCUCUACAACAAGCCCAGGGGUACAGCAGAUAUGUCGACAGAGCACGCGGGCUUCCUGAUGGCGCUGGGCCUGAACGGCCAUCUCCGGGACAUGCCCUUUAUGAACAUAUACGAGUACCUGGUCAAGUGCAACGAGAUGACCAGCGUCGGGCUGCUGCUGGGGCUCGCUGCUACUUACCGAGGUACAAUGGAUGUGCAAGCGACGAAAAUGAUGAGCAUCCACCUGGAGGCGCUGCUCCCACCCACGGCCAUAGAGCUGGACAUCCAACAGAACAUCCUGGUGUGCGCACUGCUCGGGCUGGGCUUGCUAUACCAGGAGACGCACCACGAGCACUACGCGAGAGUCUUGCUCGACGAGAUCGGCAAGCCUCCCGGGCCGGAGAUGGAGAACUGCGUGGAGCGCGAGGGCUAUGCCCUGGCGGCGGGGCUGGCGCUGGGCAUGGUGAUGCUGCGGGCGCAGCGCCGCGCCGACCACGCGCUGGCGCCCGCGCUGCGGACCUACAUGCUGGGCGGCGGGAAGCCGCACGCCGGCACUCAGAGAGAGAAGUAUAAGCAAGGCUCCUUCGCGGUCCGGGAAGGAGCCACAGUGAACCUGGACGUGACGUCACCGGGGGCCACCGUGGCCCUGGGCCUCAUUUACCUGAGGUCCAACAAUGCGGCCCUGGCUAGCUGGCUGGAACCACCCAACACGCAUUACCUGCUCGACUUUGUACGGCCCGACUUGCUGAUGCUGAGGGUUAUUGCCAGAGGACUGGUGUUAUGGGAUAGCAUAGAGGCGAGUGUGGAGUGGAUUGAGAGCCAGGUGCCCGAGACGAUCAAGCCGUACUGCUUCGUCAAGCCAACAGAAGAUAACAUCGACUACGAGGCUAUGAACCAGGCGUACUGCAACAUCGUGGCGGGCGCGGUGUUCGCGCUGGGGCUGCGCUUCGCGGGGUCGGGGGACGAGGAGGCGCGCGACGCGGCGCUGCACGCGGCGCGGCUGCUGCUGGCGCUGGCGGGGCAGAGCCUGGCCGAGCUGGCCGGCCGCUCCACGCUCGAGGCCUGCCUCUGCGUCUGCCUGCUGGCCGCCGGGAUGAUAAUGGCGGGUCGCGGCGACGUGUCGGUGCUGCGCCUGUGUCGGCGGCUGCGGGCGCGCGUGGCCGCCGCGGCGCCGGCGCAUGCGCUCACACACGGCGGACAGAUGGCGGUGCACGUGACGGUGGGGCUGCUGUUCCUGGGCGGCGGGCGCGCCACGCUGUCCACGGCGCCGGCCGCCGUGGCCGCGCUGCUGGCCGCCUUCUUCCCCAAGUUCCCCACGCACAGCGAGGACAACAGAUACCACCUUCAAGCGUUCAGGCAUUUGUACGUGCUGGCGGUGGAACCUCGCCUCAUACUGCCUAGGGACAUUGAUACUGGAAAACUGUGUUACGCUCAUAUACAGGUAAUAGAUUUAGAAGGUGCAGUGCGUGAGAUGAAGGCCCCCUGUAUCAUCCCCGAGCUGGACUCGCUGCGGGAAGUGAAGAUCAACGACCCUCGAUACUGGCCCAUCACCUUCCAGCGAGACCGCAACUGGGACCAGUUGAAAACCUUCCUAGAAUACACGUGGUGUGUUGACAUCAAGCAGCGGGCCGGCUGCUUGUCAUACCGUGAAGACCCUCACGGGUUCCUCACCCUGCUGGCGCAGAGCCUGACCCUGGACAAGAGCAACGUGUGGUCCGUCGCUGCCGACCACGGGGCCCCCGGCGGCCCGCCCGCUGGCAGUGCUGGCGUGUGCGCAGACUGCCUGGUGUCAUCCAAGAAGCGAGCGUCGUGGGCGGCGGCGUGCGGCUGCCGGGCCCUUAGCGCGGCCGAGCUGGAGCACGCGGCCGCGCUGCACAUCCUGACCUACGAGUGCCGCGUCAGGGACGCCGUGUGCGCCCUGCCGGCGAGGCACUCGCUCUACAAGAUAAUAAAUGCAAUGAAGACCGACCCGACGUCAUACCACGUGUGGCAAGUGAAGCUGCUUCUAUCACACGUAGAGCACUACAACAGGCAAACACUAAACGAGAUGCGUGUGGACGGACAAGAGAGCUCCGAACCUCUGAUAUCCAACGAACACGCGAUAGCUAUAAAGCAAAAAGUAGCAAACAUAUUCGAUACUUGGGAGCUGCAAAUCGCCCCUUACUUGCGGAAGUAUCUAGGCCUCCCAAGCAGCAGGAAGAUCAACGCUUGUGAAGAUAAUUUAAAAAAGUUCCUAAGCUCGUAUGUAGUGUAUCAUGAUUUACCGAAGAGCGCGGUGAAACUGGACAGUGACAGCGAAUUGAUGAUGAUUCUGGGGUUAGACGGGGCGGGUUUGAGCGCCGAGGCUGUGGGGAAGAUCGGGGAGCUGUUGAGGUGAUGGAGGAGGGUAGCGGGGGGGUACAAAACCCGAUCGCGGUGUCUAGGGGACUGUGAUAAGACUGACUGCCUAUAGUGGUUUUCUUUUUGCGACUCGUAUAAAGAACUUAAUGUGUGAUGGUAUCCUGAAAAAGUGGUUUUAGUGGACUUUUGUAUCAUUCUUCACCUGCUGUGUAAUGUCUUGAUAGAUGAAUUGGGUUUUUUGUCUGGUUCAAUUUUUUUUUUUUAAUAUGGCUGCUGAUCAGCGUUCCCAGAUUUUUUUGCCAAUCUGGAUUUUGGAACUUUUUGAGUGAAAAAAGCGGGAAUUAUUUCGUCGAAAGCGGGACAUAGUAAAAAAACGUUCUUGAAUAUUUAUCUUUUAAUUUGAGUUCAAAUUACGUUUACGUGACAAUAGAUAGCAAAAUAAACAAAUGAGAAUAAGAAAAGAGCGAAAGAGAAAGAGAAGAUGUCGCAAUCUGAGCCUGUCCCGCGCGGGACAUUAAAUUUUGAUUUAAAAAUCGGGACGUCUGGCAACGCUGCUGCUGAUGGAGCCUUAACUGCUUUCGAUUAUCCGUCCCUUUCAUUUUCGCCGUAUAAGAAAGUGACAGGUGUGCCUUAAAGAAAAAUUGGGAUUUGUCUGUAGGAACAAGCACCGAUGUUGGCAGUAACUAUGGCAGUGUUACAAAAGGGUUAUUCUAUAACUUCAAUUACGGUAAUUUCAAACGCUCGUGGUCUUCAAAAGGGUGUUACCAGACUAAUCGAUCGAUGGUAGAAUGGAUUAAUCGAUCGACGUCUGUCGUUUAGCUUAGUUUUUACCAAGAUCAAUUAAAGAAAGAAAGAAAGAAACAUUUAUUACUUCCGGACACCACAGACACAGACAGACAGGUACAUUACAUUAAGGGUGUAUGUACCCUUGCUCGGCGAUAAUAGAUGGCGUAAGUGUAGCCAUCCGGCCACCGUGAUCCAGUGGUUGAGCGUCGUGUUCUUAUCUGUCAGAUUUCAAGUUAUACUGUUUGACAGUUUCUUUGUUUAUUGAAAUGUGACGUCACCGGCCGAAAUAUCACUUGACCAACCGUUUUCGCGCGAAAUUUGAAAUUAGAAGGGAUUUUUUUUUCUAUUGUAUAAAGCUUUUUCGAGAAAAUAAAAUAUUUUAACAGCUAUAAAAAAAUGUUUGUUAUUUUUAAAAUAUUUAUCCGAAAACUGUCAAGUAGCCAAUGAGGGACUUUCCAAUCGACGUUCCCCGAACACACGAUAGAUGGCGUUGUUCACUUUUAACGUGAUAAUUACCUAUUUUCUCAUUGUAGGUUUACAUCAUUAUUCAAAAAUGUAAUGUUAUGGCAGAAGCAUAUACAAAACUAAUUGUUGCGUGGAAAAAACGUAACAACGCCAUCUAUCGUGUUUUUGGGGAACGCCAGCUAUCAGAUUAGUCGAUCAACUUCGAUCGAUUGGUUUAGUGACACCCUAAGUAGGUAUUCCAAGUUGUCUUGAUGGCAAAUAUUGUAAUUGUAAGACAAACUUUUACAAUGUAAUAAUUAUAUAUUUAAUAAUGAAAUAGAUACGAAA